CGGGGCUCGCUGCCGCCCUGCCUUCACGGACCGGGCCGGGCGAGGGGCGGCCCCGGGGGCCUACGGAGGAGAGGGAGGGACAUGGCGGCGGGAGCGGGGCCGCGCGGGAUCGGCGCGCAACCCGGUGCUCUGAAGAGGAAGCUCCAGUCACCACACGGAAACCCACCUGAGAAACGCCCACGGAAACCAUCCCUGAACACCUUCAGGAAAGGUGCCACAGAGGCUGACAGGAGGGGGAAGGGGAAUCCACCACAAAAGCCAGUUUCCAAGAAGCAGCUGACUGACAACCGAAAUGAAAGCCAGAAGAGCAGACCUUUCAUUAAGACGUCCAGCCUGUUCAAAAACAACCCAGAUAUCCCAGAAAUUCACAGAAAAGCAGUGCAGCAGGUGCAAGAAAAUGUUUUCACUACGGAUUCUUUCAGACAGUUAGACCUCCAUCCUCAUCUGAUCUCCACCAUAAACACUGUCCUGAACAUAAGUAGCAUGACCAGUGUUCAGAAGCAAACAAUUCCUGUGCUCCUGCAAGGCAGAGAUGCUCUGGUGAGAUCUCAGACUGGCUCAGGUAAAACUCUUGCCUAUGGGAUUCCACUUGUACAGUCUUUGCAAGGAAUGGAAUCCAAAAUACAGCGCAGUGAUGGCCCUUAUGCACUUGUACUCGUCCCAACAAGAGAGCUUGCACUCCAAAGUUUUGAUACAAUGCAGAAACUGCUCAAGCCAUUUACCUGGAUUGUGCCUGGAGUGCUAAUGGGGGGAGAAAAGAGAAAAUCAGAAAAAGCCAGAUUACGUAAAGGGAUAAAUAUCCUCAUUUCCACCCCUGGUCGCCUGGUUGAUCACAUCAAGUCCACAGAAUGUAUUCAUUUCCGUCACACUCAGUGGCUCAUUAUUGAUGAAGCAGACAGGAUCCUGGACCUGGGCUUUGAGAAGGAUGUGGCUGUGAUACUCAACACUUUAAAUGCCCACAGGGAGACACGUCAGAAUGUCCUGCUGUCAGCCACCCUCACAGAAGGAGUAACUCGACUGGCCGAUAUCAGUUUGAAUGAUCCCAUCAGCAUUUCCAUAGCAGAUGAAAUCCAGAAGGUGCUCAAACCAGCAUCACAAAAGGAUAGAGAAGCCAGUAGUUCAUCGAACUGCACGGAGCAGGAAAACUUUGCUGUUCCAGAGAAGCUCAAGCAGUAUUUCGUGAUGGUCCCCAGCAAACUGAGGCUUGUCACAUUAGCAGCUUUUAUCCUUGGGAAAUGCAAGUUUGAAAAACACCACAAGAUGAUCAUCUUUUUCUCCAGCUGUGAACAAGUGGAAUUCUACUAUGAUCUCCUUGUAAAGGUCCUUGCAGGAGGGCCAGAGUUGGAACAACCUGGGCAUUCAUCUCCCUCCUCCGUGUCCUUACAGUUUCUCCGUCUGCACGGCGACAUGGAACAGGAAGAAAGAACAGAGGUCUUCCAGGAGUUCCUAAAAUCCAAGACCGGGGUCUUGCUUUGCACUGAUGUUGCAGCACGGGGACUAGACCUGCCUCAAGUUACAUGGAUCGUACAGUGCAGCGCUCCGGCUUCACCUGCGGAAUACAUCCACCGGAUCGGGAGGACGGCUCGCAUUGGCUGCCACGGGAACAGCCUGCUUGUCCUGGCGCCUUCGGAGGCAGGAUAUGUCAGCUUGCUGGCUUCUCACAAGAUUAAUGUUUCAGAGAUGAAGAUGGAGAAGGUGUUAACCAGCCUGAUGAAAGAUGAUCGCUUCAAGUUGCACAGACCAGGAAGGAAGAAAUCCUGUGGCACCAACCCUCAGGAAGUCCGGGAGAGGGCCACGGUCCUGCAGACCAAAUUUGAAAAUCACGUUCACUCCAGCGAGGGGACGGUCCGGUGGGCAAAGAAAGCACUGCAGUCUUUCCUUUGUGCCUAUACCACCUACCCCAGGAACCUCAAGCACAUCUUCCACAUCAAGUCUCUCCACCUGGGUCACGUGGCCAAGAGCUUUGGCCUGAGAGAUGCCCCCCAGAACCUGACUGCUCUUCCAACUGCAGGCUCAAAGAAGAAAACCAAGCCAAGACCAAAAAGGUCUGACCUGCUCAAGAAGACCCACGGCAAACGUCGCCUUGCCGAGAUCCUGCGCUCUGAAUAUUCCAGUGGGAUGGACACCAAGGUCAGGAGGAAGAAAAAGCGGAGGAAACCUGGCAACCAGCAGAUUCCAACAUAAGCCAGGACCUCCCAGCCAUUAGCUGUAAAACCUGCUUGAGUGCCUCAGCCGGGGGGCAGGGUGACCUGCCAAACCAACUGAGGAGUGUUUCAAUUUAUCAGGCAAAUGUGGGAGGGAUCUUGGGGACCGUGGCCUCCUCCCCUUCAUUCCAUAGGUCCAAAUGGAAUCGAAUCCAGGCGUGUCCUGUUGUACUGCUGCAAUUAAACGUGGCCUCCUGAA